CUGCUACUUGGAGCCGUCAGUUGGUACAAGGGGCAGGAUGAGAGAGGCUGGAAGGCAAAGGGGUUCUCACCUUGUCCUGAGCCAAAACCCUGAAACUGCUGGUAUGACCUGGAGAGGAGGACAGUCCUCACUCCUGCUCUUCCCAGGCUGUGCACCUGACUAAGGACAUAGGGAGCAGAGGUUUGGGACAGUCAGAUCUGGCAGUUAUGGUGCCAGUCUCCACUGGCUUUGCCACAUGUGCCUGCUGCACCCUCAAAUCCAGCGAGCCCCAAGGCUCCCCGAGCCCUUGUGAGGGCUUUGUAGCAUCAGUGUGGCAGCUUGUCCUUAGGCUGUGCCCGUGUCACCACAUUUUCCCUCUCCUGGAGGCUGCUGGUGGCUGCCUUGGGCCCCAGCCCCAAGCUGUGCUCCUGGGAUGAGCCAUGACAGCAGCCAAGAGCCUCCAAGAGUCCCUCUUGCAAUUUCUCACUUGUUCUGGUUCCCUUAUCGCCCCAGCACACCCUUCCCCUUUGAGAUUUCUGCUCUUGCCUCCUGCCCUGCAGCAGGAAGGAGCUUUGAAGGCUGAAGCUGCAGCGAGGGGCUGGCUGGAAGCACCAGAGGGUCUGUGCAAGGUGCUGCAAGAGCUCUGUCUGUGACACCUCUGCAGGGAACCUCGACCCACAGCCUUCAAGCUGAGGAUUAAACAGAGGGAGAAGGGGAAGGAGCCAUGUUCCAGGCCACGGGAGCAGCCAGCCCAGCCCCAGCCCAUGAGGCCAAAAGCAGCUCAGGAGGCAGCACAGUGCAGCGCUCCAAGUCCUUCAGCCUGAAGGCGCAGGUGAAGGAGAUGUGCACUGCCUGCCAGAAAACCGUGUACCCCAUGGAGCGCCUGGUGGCCGACAAAUUUGUCUUCCACAACUCCUGCUUCUGCUGCAAGCACUGCCACACCAAGCUCAGUGAGAUCAGAGCAGGAGCAAUGCCCCCCAUGGGCCCUCCAGUGAGAUCAGAGCAGGAGCAAUGGGCCCCCAGUGAGAUCAGAGCAGGAGCAAUGCCCCCCAUGGGCCCCUAGUGAGAUCAGAGCAGGAGCAAUGGGCCCCCAUGGGACCCCCAGUGAGAUCAGAGCAGGAGCAGUGCCCCCCAUGGGCCCCCAGUGAGAUCAGAGCAGGAGCAGUGCCCCCCAUGGGCCCCCCAGUGAGAUCAGAGCAGGAGCAGUGCCCCCCAUGGGCCCCCCAGCCCUGUUGGUCCAUGUCAGCCCUGUCACCAUGGAAAAGGGAAGAGCUGGGGGCUUCUCCAGCUUGAGGCACUGCAGAGCUCCCAGCCACGCCAGCCCUGCCCUGCUGGGGCUCUGCAUGAGGAGGGUCCUUGGUUUACAUCAGCUCAGUUCAGCUGGGAUGGUUCAGCCUUAAGGUUUCACAGUGUCUGUUUUUUAUAUUUGCCUUCCACUGGUACGUUCUGCGCUGGAGCCUCGUGGCAGCUUCGCCUGCGCGCCUUUAUUUUUGUAAUACAAGGUUUCCCAGCCUUGCCUGUCCUGUCCUGUGUUCCCAGGGGCCUGGGGAGGGGGUCAGCUCUGCCUCUGACUGCCCAGGCAGUGUGCAAAGAGCUUGUGUCCAUGUGGGAUUAGGGGAAUAUUCCCUAAUAGCAAUAUUUCCCUACCCAGGCAAUAGGACACAUAUAUCCUAUUCCCUGGCUACCUGUGUGUGUGAGGCUGGGGGGAAGGGGAGGCAGGGAAGGGAAAGAGGCAGCCCUGCCUGCUUUGGGGAGUGCCCAGAAGGGUCCUGCACACCAGGAGGACAAGGCAGAGGUGAGCAGGGUGCAGGCUCCUGACCACAAUCCCCCCUGGAGCCCCCAAGUUUUUGGGAACUGAACCAGGAUUUCAAAUUCCACAUCGGUGUUGCCCUGUGAGCUGCACAGCCCAGCUGGAACCUUCCACCCGCUUCCAAAUGGAGCCCAGGCCACCCUCAAAAUGCAUUUACCAGCCUGGGGAUCCCCCAGGACCAGAUCCACCCCUUUGCCCUGAUGUGUGCCACAAGUCUGCCCUGGACCCACCCCACUUCCAAUCCCCUGGUUUGGAUUGCACAGUCCCUACAAAUGAAUGAGCCCAGCGAGCCCUGCCAGGCUGGAGACACAAAUGCAGGAAAACCAGAGAAAAGUGGCUGAGUCAGGUUUUAAUUAUUAUUUACCUCUUUCCUCCAGGCACACUUUGUACAGCUGUGCUCAGGAACUCCAAUUUGUCUUUCAAAUUCUACAGGAAUUGGGCUUUUCAGAGCCCCCACAUAGAGCAGCAGCCUUGAUAUCAACAUCCCUGACUGAUCCCAUCAGCUCUGCCGAGCACGUCCCGUCUGGGAGAAGCCAUGGAAACAGGAGAUAAGGAUGAAAGAGGGAGGAAGAUGAGGAUGGGUAGUCCAGAGGAGGAAGAGAUGGCACAAAUAGCCCCUGGUCUGUGUGGUGCUCCCCCUCCUCAGUACAGCAGUGACACAGGUGACAUCUGAUUUUGGGGACAGCGCUGGCUGAGUGACCACAGGAGCCUGAUGUUGGACAAGUUCAUUCUCCUUUCCACUAAAGGUCUGUUCAGAGGGCUCCUGGGACACGCAGCCACCAUGGGGACUGUGCACACAGAUUGGGAUUGCCACCCCAAAACAGCCACCCCUGAGCAGCCCUGCUGAGGGGCUGUGAUGCUGCAGGCUCGGGGCCCCUUCCCUGGCCCCUUCCUCCUUCAGAAGGCUCAGAAAAUGAAAGCAGAGCCCUCAGUUCCACUUCCUGCCUCUGGCUGGCCUCACUUGCCAUCCCCUCAGCUCCCAGGCUGCUGAUGAGCAGCAUUUUAACAGUGCAGGAGGAUUUUAGGGGGGUAGGGAAGCAUGGAACCCCCAGGUUUUUAAAGUUGGGUUUUCAGUUAGAAAGAAAACAUUACACCAGAGAAAUAAUGAUCUUUCCUUGCCUCCUCCUCCCUCUUUGGGAAGAAUCUCCUCAAAGUGAAGGUAACAGAGCUCCCAAGUUGCUCCUUUGGCAAAGCAGGAGCUGGGGGCUCUGACACACAGGGGAUGUCAGGAGGUUUUCUCUGGUUCCAGGACACCAAAUUCGCUGCAAAUCACUGCUACAGUCAGUGCAAGACAUCCACAUUCCUCCACUUCAGCUGGAAGGGAGCUCAUGGUAUCUUCCACUUGUCUGAAACACAGAGGCUUUCCUUCUCCAAAUUUUCACUUUUUAAAAGGACAGUGACCAAAUCAGGCUUUCAUAUAAAUGAUAAUUUUAUUGUAAAUAAAAUGAUACAUUGGCCUGGCUUUGCACUGCAAGCCCCUGGUCGGUAAAUAGAGACUACUGGGUCAAGGUCUUCUGCACAAUCCAGGUUAAAGCCCUUUCUCCCUGCUUUGCAUCAUUUAUGGUGAUGAUAAAA